AACUUGGAUAUUUUACUUGUCACAGGAAUAUAAAUCAGUAGAAAUCUAGAAUAAUGUCCGACUCUGAACAACAACAAAUCGUUCCUAGUUUGAUCGAUCGACAAACAAUUGAGUCUAUCGAUCAAAAAACAGACAAAUCCGAUCUUACCGACACAGAAACAAUCGAGGCGGAUCCAGCUGUUCAACAAAUAAUCGAGUCCGAUAUCAUUGAUAACAAUUCCAGCAAUGAUACCGACGGUUCAGGAAACGAAUCCCCACAACAACAACAACAACAGGGACCUAUGAUUCAGGACUUGGGUCCUGAGGAUGAGAUCCAUGAAGAGCAAGGGCCAGGACAGGAAUAUCAGGUUGAAGAACCAGGCGAAGGACCCACAGAUGUUCAGCCUACAGCCCCGCAGCAGGCGGUUCAACAACAACCGGCCGCACUAGGUGGACAAACUGGCAAUGUUAUAGAAUACCACCAACACGUUCAUUAUUACGGCGCCCCGGUUUAUCAAGGCUCAGUAAUAAAAGGAGACAUCGUGGGGUCGAAAUCACAAGUAAGAGGAUCCACAAUCGGAGCAAUAGGGGGGUCACAAGAACCUCCAGCAAUCGGUGGCCCAGGGGGACAAGCAGCUUUACCUUGGUAUUGUGAAGGAGCAUCUGGUAGUUCCCAGGUACCUGCAAUAGGUGGUCCCGAACAACGACCUGCUUUACCUUGGUAUGGGGAAGGAGCAUCUGGUAGUUCUCAGGUACCUGCAGUAGGUGGUCCCGAACAACGACCUGCUUUACCUUGGUAUGGGGAAGGAGCAUCUGGUAGUUCUCAGGUACCUGCAAUAGGUGGUCCCGAACAACGACCUGCUUUACCUUGGCAUGGAGAAGGAGCAAGAGAAGUGCUUCAUCCUCGUUCAGUCAGCAAUCAACCUCUCGCACUGCCCGCACCGGAAGCGCAGAUAUCUUCACCAGGGAACGAACAGCUGGAAGAGAUCGAGGCGACAGUGCCUGCCGGCGAACAAGAAGUAAUAGAUUCAAUAAAGCCAAAGAAAAAAACAAAGAAAAAGGCGAAUAGAGCUGGAAUCCCCACUGCAUCAAAUCCCGAAAUACAAGAAGCAUUCCCACUAAUUCCACCUGAGCCUUCACAUAGACGAGAUGUGGCAUCUGGAGCAAGACCCAAAACAACAGCGCUUCAUCCUGGUAGCAAUCAACCUCUCGCACCGGGAGCGCAGAUAUCUUCACCAGGGAACGAACAGCUUGAAGAUAUCGAGGCGACAGUGCCAACCAACAAACCAGAAAUAUUGGAUUCAAUUAAGCCAAAGAAAAAAUCAAAAAAAAGGCCAACUAGAGGAGGUUCCAAUCGAGAUCCAGAGCCUGUUCCAACUCCACGUUCACCUGCUGAAAGAAGUUUUGUUGACGAAGAGACAUUGAAUCCCAACGUAACAACACCUAAAGUAGUUGGAAGCCCCACUGCUUCAAAUCCAGAAAUAUCAGGAGCAUUUCCACUAAUUCCACCUGAACCUUCGAAUAGACGAGAUGCAAACGAAACAUCUGGAGCAAGCCCCAAAACAACAGGUGAGCGUAGAACUCUACAUACAUGCACACAGCAGGAGGUUGGACCACAUACAGGAAUCCCCACUGCAUCAAAUCCAGAAAUAUCAGAAGCAUUCCCACUAAUUCCACCUGAACCUUCAAAUAGACGAAAUGAAAACGUAGCACCUGGAGCAAGAUCCAAAACAACAGAUCAACAGAGUCGCCCAACAGCUGGACAGAUUGCAACAAGAGAUUCUCCUCUGCAUCCAGAACGGACUGAAACGGUGGAUUCCAGGGACAGUCAAUCAGAUCGACCAUCGGUGCGAUUUUCAUCUCAACAUGAAGUAGAGGAGAGAAGUUUUGUUGGUGAAGAUACUGAUGUAACAAUUCCUAAAGCUAUUGGGAGUCCUACAUCACCAAGUCCAAUAUACGACCGAGAUUUGCAACAAGCAAUUCCGUCUCCUGGAAGAACGGAGCAUCAACAUAGGCGCGAUGUGAAUAUACAAUCAGGAACAAGACCUAAAACUACAGGUGCCGAUAUGAGAAUCAGAUUUUUGCCGGAACAAGAUGAAACAAGUGAAAAUGAAGAUGUGUCUUCUGAAGAAAUCGACAGUGAAAAUGAAAUAUCCGACAUUAUCAAAGAUUUUAUCAAAUUUAAAAAAUACUUUUCUGAAGAAAAAUCGCUGUUAACAAGAAAAUUAAGAAGAAGAAAGUCUAGAGAUCAAAGAAGUACGACCGCCCAUCAAGCGCCAACUCCAUCGAAAUCUCGACCAACGCGUUCUCGUCAUCAGAGAAAUGAAAGACAGUUUUCAUCAACAAAUCGUGUGAGAUCCAAGAGUACAGAUGCCAGAUAUUAUUCAAGCUUGGAUGAAACAACCGAAAAUGGCGAUAGUGAAGAAUCCUUCCAUUUUGCUGAUCCUACAAAAAAAAGCGACGGGGCAAGUGAACAAUCAACAAUCAUCAAAAGUUUCUUGGAAUAUCUAAAAUACAAAGCUAAUCCAAAAUCAAAGUUCACACUAAAAGUAGAAAAAAGUCGUUUCGAAGACGAAUCUUCAACUGACAAUCCAUUGACUAAAUCGCAAGAGUGUCAAGUCAGCCUCGUUCAAGAAAAAGAGAAGAUGAAUCCAACAGGUCAGAUACAACCAGCCAAUGCAGAAAUAGCUAAAGACAAACGCGAUAUGGAAGACAAACUUUUACAAACAGAUAACUGCGAUACAGAAUAUGAGACUUCGGUCUUUAAAAUGACAGAAUUGUAUAACAAAGAACAGGAAAUACAAGUCUCGCGCAAACUUAAAUCGAUUAUUCCUCUUAUUGAAGUCGUUUGGAGAAAUAUUCUUUGUCAAACAACAAUCAAGGGUUGCGAGCGCCUUCACGAGGAUGCCGGUAGACUAUGCUCGAAUAUCAUAAAUUGGAUUUUCAAAGACGCAAACGAUGAAAAGACAAUGAAACUGUAUAUUUCAAAAAUAAAAGACGUUAUGAAACUAGGCGAAGAAUUCAUUUCCAGCGGUAAAUACAUUCAUGCUAUAGUCGCGUUCUAUGCAGCUGCUAAACUUCAUCGACAAAGCGGAAAAGGCAACGAAUCAGUGAAAGGUACAUGGACUUGCUUCGAUAGAGCAGGGUUUGUUGCCGAAAAAAUGCAAAAGUCUGUGCAAACUGCAAAUGUUGCCAAGAAUCACAUGAUUCCACUCAUGCAGGAAAUGACUGACUUUCUGAUGCCUAUUCACAGUCCAAGUCAAUUUGCAGAAGAACUGGAAACUAAAUCAAAAGAAUUUGUCGAAGAGAAGAAAUUCAUUUCAGCCACAGUCGCAUUAUAUAUCGCAGCCAAACUGCACAAAGAGACAAAUGAAGGCGAUGACUCAGCUCAUGGUGUUCUGUCAUGCAUAGAACAAAUAAGCUUAGUCAUGGAAGAAAUGAUAAAGCAGAAACAAACAAAAACCUUAGGUCACGUGAUAUCACUCAUUACUGAAAUGACUGAUUUCAUUGGAAUGAUUGAAAUAUCAAACUACAGUCAGUUUACCAAUGAGAUGAAAAGCAAAGCCAAAGAAUUCGAUUCAGAAGAAAAGUUUAUUCAAUCUGUAGUUUCAUUCUACGUCGCUGCUAAACUGCAUGGAUUUAAUAAUAAAGGAGAUCAAUCGGUGAGAGGAAUUAAACAAUCUGUUUACCAAAUAUCACUCGUUGUUGAAAAGAUGACAAAACAACAUUCAAUGAAAAAGAUUGUCAUAGAUCACGUGAUACCACUCAUGCGUGAAUUGUUAGAGAUUGUACAAACGAUAAAAGAUUCGACUCAAAAAGUCAGAGUAGAUAUGGAGGCUUGGUGUUUAUAUAACAUCGGUGUUUGCUACUAUUACUGCGAUGAAUAUCAAGAAGAUGCGAACAUAAACCAUUCCGCAAUUAUACUUAUAGACAAGGAACUUGAAGAACCUCAAAGAUAUCGAAUAUAUGGAUAUUGUCUUGGUUUUGCAGGAAUAGCGUAUGGUAGAAUGGGAAAUAUAGAGAAAGCGAUUGAAUUGUAUAAAAUGUCGUUGGAAGCGAAGAUGAAUGCUGAAGAUUAUCCAAGUGAUAAAGAUAAGAAUGAAUCUAUUGAAACUACAAGAAAUAAUUUGAGAAGAGCUAAAUCCAAGUUGCCCAAAUAGGUUUAUCGGUCGGUUUAGUGAAAUUAAGAUCGAUCUAGUGUGGACCAAAGAUGAAUCACACUAUGUUGGAAUCGCAAAGAACUCGAAUCCCAUCGCCUCACCCAGUGUGUCAAUAAUUUUGAGACAGAAAGAUGUCCGUCUAUAUAAUAAUAGUAGUAGCUUUUUUUGUAUCAAUGGUUGCUCGUACAAAGCCUUGCUAGGAACGAAAAUGUAAAAGUCUGAUAAAAAGAAUAUCUAUGGUCCAUACUUGAUUUUGUAUUUAGUGAUAAAGUAUUCGAUUAAAUUUUCAAAGUCUGCUUGAAAUAAAUUUAAGAGUUUAAAGAGCAAAGCUCUAACACAAUACUUCCCACAUAUGAGAAGUCUUCGCCAAACAAGCCUAUGUGGAAGCACUCACUGAUUUGUGAUAUUUCAUUCAACUUGCUAUUAAACCGAAGGUAAUUGAUUAGGUAAUUGAUUCUCCUUGGAAUAUUCAUGUUAUUAUCAAUAUAUAUUUUAAUGCAGCAAUCAGAUUCUUGUGCUAGGAUAAAACUUUUAAAAUGAAUAGAUUUUUUCGUGAUGUCAUUAAAAAUUCCAAAAAAUCAUUUAACAAGAAAUAUAAGUGAUUUUUACGAUUUUGUUUUACAGUAAACUUUGUUUAACCAUUA